UCUCUCUCUCUCUUCUUCCCCUCCUGGUGUUGUCGGAUUUUCUGCUGACAUCCCAUCCACCGGUCUUGUCCCUCUAGAUCUCAACCAUCCUAUCCUCCUCUCCUCCCCUACACCCUCUCCGUCCAUUCUCGAAUUUCUUCUUCUUCUUCUUGCCCCGCCAUCCUCCCCUCCCCUCACGUGCGGGGUCUACCAUCAGCUUCGAGCCCGCCGGCCUGAGCUCACCGCACACUGUGUUAGCUAGAAUUUCCAUUCAGGCCCUACGCUCCGGCGCUACUCCAUCACUAUGAGUUUCUCCAAUAUGUUCAACAAGCUGUCGGGUCAGCCUGAGAGUUACGAGAAGAAAGCGUUGUACAAGUUCGGGCGCACUCUGGGUGCUGGCACCUAUGGGAUUGUCCGCGAGGCCGAUUGCGCGUCCGCCGGAAAGGUCGCCGUGAAGAUCAUCCUGAAGAAGAACGUCCGUGGGCACGAGCAGAUGGUUUACGAUGAAUUGAAGAUGCUGCAGUCGCUCGACCAUACCCACAUCGUCCAUUUCGUGGACUGGUUCGAGUCCAAGGACAAAUUCUACAUUGUUACCCAGCUGGCUACCGGAGGCGAGUUGUUCGACCGGAUCUGCGAGUAUGGCAAGUUCACGGAGAAAGAUGCGUCGCAAACGAUCCGUCAGGUUCUCGACGCGGUCAACUACCUGCACGAGCGGAAUAUCGUCCACCGAGACUUGAAGCCCGAAAACCUGCUUUACUUGACCCCCGAUCCCGACUCCCAACUGGUUCUGGCCGACUUUGGUAUCGCCAAGACGCUCGAGAGCCCGAGUGAAGUUCUGACGAGCAUGGCCGGUUCGUUCGGCUACGCCGCCCCGGAGGUGAUGCUCAAACAGGGCCACGGCAAGGCGGUCGAUAUCUGGUCGCUGGGCGUCAUUACCUACACGUUGCUCUGUGGGUAUUCGCCCUUCCGGUCGGAGAGUCUGACCGACUUGAUCGAAGAAUGCCAGUCCGGCCGGAUCAUCUUCCACGAGCGGUAUUGGCGUGAGGUCUCCCAGGAUGCCAAGGAUUUCAUCCUGUCCAUGCUGCAACUGGAUCCGACCAAGCGGGUGACAUCGGAGGUCGCCCUGAAGCACCCCUGGCUCAUCGGAGAAUCGGCCAGCGACCGCGAUCUGCUGCCCGAGAUUCGCGCUUACACUGCUCGCUCUCGUCUGAAGCGCGGCAUCGAAAUCAUCAAGCUCGCCAACCGCAUCGACGCGCUCAAGAUGCAAGAAGAGGAGGAAGACGACAUCCCCAGCCCCGCGGAUAUGGCCCAGUCGGCGGAGGGGGCGGAGAAGUCCUCCGGCUCGAGUCCCUUCCCGGCAUUCUCGCCCUCCAGCGGCGGUUCUGCCCCCGCGGAAGGUGGAUCGGGCACGACCAAGAAGCGCAGCUUGAGCAAGAUCGCCCGUGGACAGAUCUUCCGCGAGGUGGUGCUCGCCAAGGUGCGUGAGGUGAAGGAGAAUGAGGAGCGAGAGAAGAUGGAGCGGGAGGUCCGUGAGAAGGGGGCCCACUGAUUGUCGACCUUGGCGGUUGAUCUGUGUUCAUUUACCACUUUUUCCCUCCCCUCAUGUUCAAUUCCCCGUGUCCAGCGUCAGCUGGUCUUUCUUGUGAAUAGUAUCGUCAUGAUUCCCCGUUCCUAUUUCCACGGCACACUUUUCUCAUGUCUGCCAUGAUGGCUUGUUCUCGGAGUUGCCUUAACGAUUGAUCAAUGCUUGAUUUUGGACCCAUGUAUGUUCUUUCUCUGUAGCCAAUGUACGAG